AUGUCAGAAAUCAAGGAAAUCAAGGAAGUCAAGGAAGUCAAGGAAGUCAAGGAAGUCAAGGAAGUAAGGAUGAUAACAUGGAAAAUAUCAAAUCGAAUCAGAUCAUCUUAUCAACUUCAACUUCAUUCAACUUCAACUAUAUUCUUAUCAUCCAAAUCUAAUCAGAAAACUAUCAAAUAUGAUAAAUCAACCACAAGAUCUUAUUCUAACUCAUCCACAACUUCAUCAUCAUCAUCAUCAACAACAUCUUCUGCUUCUUCUUCAACACCACCUAAAAGAGCUUUAGUAGAUCUCGCUUUGAUUGCUACUGGCGUGAUUUCGAUUGGAACUACCUUGAUUUGGUUAAAAUCAAAUCGAUCUCAAAAAUCAAAUCAAGUUCCUUUUAACGUACCAAUCAAUCGUGGUCAAUUUGAAAUCCCUAUUGCAAGCCAUACUGGAUCACCUGGUGGAAAGAAAACGUUGAAUAUGUUAUCGAAUGAAGAAACUGAUGAAUUACUUAAGAAGUAUGAAGCAACCUUUAAAGUGGAUCGAACAGGAAAUCCAGUGUAUCGUUAUGAUACGAAUCAUUUAGCAUCUAAUUCACCCAUUGAAGAUGAUUCGAUUUGUACGAUUAUGAAAAGAGAUCAAUUCUCACAAGAAGGUGAUAUGUUAUUCUUUGGAGUGUUUGAUGGACAUUCUGGAUGGCAAACAUCUAAAGUCUUAGUUAAUAAAUUAGUUCAAUCAGUUAAAAAUGAAAUCUCAUUAGUCUUUAAAAGCGAUCCAGAAUAUUCUGACCCAAUCUCCAUAUACACUGCUAGGGUACAUGUUGCUUGUACUGGAGAUUCACGAGCCGUGAUGGGAGUUUGGAACCCCAGCGCAAAUGGGGGUAAGGGUCAAUGGCAGGGGGAACUGCUAAGUGACGAUCAAGAAGGUUUGAACCCAAAGGAAGUUGAACGGAUCCGAUCUGAACAUCCUCCAGCCGAACGUGAAAAUGUGAUCCGACGAGGUCGCAUUCUUGGUGGUCUGCAGCCUACACGAGCCUUUGGUGAUGCCCGAUACAAGUGGCCCGUUGGAAUGCAAGAGAAACUCUAUGCUACCUUUCACCCAUCAGCUCGAGCUAGACGUGAUCCACCAGAUUAUCUUACUCCACCAUAUGUGACGGCGAAACCGGAAGUAACAAGUACAUCGAUCCCAACUGAAGUGGAGACCAACAAACCAGCGUUUAUUGUUUUAGCAACAGAUGGACUUUGGGAUAGAUUAGAAACUUCAGAAGUCAUUGGAUUAGUAGGAAAUUGGAUAGAUCUUGGAGCAUCCAAUUCUUCUAGUAAUCAUCAUCAAUCGAUCGUGAUGAAAAAAGAUGACAUCAUUAAAGUAAAAGUGAUUGAGACAUCUAAAUCAGUACAUGAUCCAUCUACUGGAUCACAAGAAGAUAAACAGUUUAUUUUUGAAGAUGGAAAUGUAGCGACUCAUUUGAUUCGAAACGCGUUGGGUGGACCUAGUCGAGAGAAAGUGAGUGCAUUGUUAAGUAUUCCUGCACCUCAUUCUAGAAGGUAUAGAGAUGAUAUCACGGUCACAGUUAUGUAA